GCGUGGCACCCAAACAGACGAGAGCUUCUGUAAAAUAAAAUAAAAUAAAAAAAGCAGAGAGAGAAUGAAGGUCAAAAUCGUCCAUGAUCAAUUAUGAUGUCCGGGAUUCAAACUCCGGCACGAUGAUAAUCUCCAAGGAAGUAUCUCCUCAAGAUGUCACUAGGAUCAAGCAAACGCUUCAAGUACCAGACAUCUCUGAUCUCCUCCGAGAAGUUUGCAACACAAACUCGAAGGACUUGUACUUUGACCUGGUUCGCGGCAACCUCAAGCCCCAACGAGUCGUACGUGGCCGAGUCACCUGUCUCCUCUCGAUCUCGCUCGCUAUUACUAAUGCCUACGGUUCAAUGCAUGGAGCGGCUGUCGCGGCUGUUGCUGAGAUGGUGUCAAUUGCUUGUGCUAGAACCAUGGUGGCUGAGGACAAGGAACUCUUUCUUGGGGAACAGAGUAUAUCAUAUCUCUCCGCUGCUCAAACUAAUGCAGAGGUGAUAGUUGAUGGCACUGUAGUCAGGAGUGGAAGAAAUUUGACUGUAGUUGCAGUGGAGUUCAAGCUUAAGGAAACUGAGCAGUUGGUUUAUACUGCUCGUGCCACUUUUUACAACAUGCCUCUUUCAAAGCUAUGAAGCUUUUGUAGGUCAGCAAGGUUGAGUUUGGCUCAUUUAGAAAAUCAACACUUUUUAGUUUGUAAAACCCCUUAAAAAUUUACAUUGUUGGGCAUAUCAUACAUGCUCUAUUCUCUCUUUGAUUUUACAACAACUCAAGACAUCUUUCCAAAUCACUUCUAAAUCUUACUUUUUUAAGAGGUUUAAGUCC